CGCGAAGCUGCGCCACAGAGCGCUUAAGGCUAUGUGUGGAUAGCGCAACUAUGCAAUGUUAACGCUUUCACAUUCGAUCCACGUCUUGUAACUGGCUCAUUGGCCUGGCCACUUUUGACUUACUAUCUCCUCUCUGAUCCCAAUCUAGCCUACAAAAGGCCCACACAGCUUAGCGCUACUCCUGCAAUAACAAAAUGCUUCAAGCCUCGCCAACCGCCUCUUCUCGUACUGCCUUCUACCCUGUCAAUCGACAAGGCGGACUGGGCCGCUUGCUUCCACGACCCUUCACCGCUCGCACUCCGCAUUGUUCGCACCCGCUCCCUUCCUCCUCCACCACCUCCUCAGCCUCCACAACUCCCACCACCAUCACCAUCCCUACGCACUCCACCCUCCACAAUCCUUCCUCCUCUACCCUCCUCUCCCGCCGCAACCUCCUCUUCCUCUCCCUCCUUUCCACACCCACCUCCCUCCUCCUCCCUCCACCCGCCCCCGCCUCCGCUGCCACCGCCUCCUCCUCCUCCUCCCUCGACCCCGGCGACUGGAGCUCCCCAGGUCUCGGAGCGCCCGUGGAUCCUGCUCAACCUCGAUUCGUACGGCUGCCCAGUGGUGUACGAUACCAGGAGCUAAACACAGCAGCUGUUACCCCCGGUAGCAAUGGCGGGAGUACGGCGCCUGCUGCUGCGGCGGCGGCGGGUCCGGGUGACACGGUGUUAUUCGACUACGUGCUGCGUCGUAGUAACGGCUACUUCAUCUACGGCACGGUGGAGGGCGUGUCGUUCCAGCCGCUGGACGUGCCGGUGGGACCUGUGAGCGCUCGGCUGGGCAGCGGGGAGCUCAUACAGGGGCUGGAGCAGGUGCUGCAGGGUAUGGCCCCCGGCUGCAAGCGCCGCGCGCUCAUCCCGCCCGAGUUGGGUUACGUGGCGGGCGGGGAGGGGCCGCAGCCGCCCACCUUCGCCACGCGCCGGCAGCUGGAGAGCCAUCGCAGGGAGCCGCUGCUGUUUGAGGUCCAGAUGCUGCGAGUGGGCGGCAGGAAGUAGCAGGGGCGCGGCAGGCGGGACUGGGAUUGCUGGGGUCGUUGCUACUAUUACCGCUGAGCCUGGUAAUGUUUGCAAAUGGAAGCCGCAUCACGACACCGGGCAAAGCCACUUGGCGUGUGUCUUGUGGGGACUUAAGUCUACGGGUGGUGAGAGGCUGAGAGCGGCAUACUGAAUAGGAUUCGGGCGGUUUGCGGAUAUCUUGGAUGGCUUAUGCUACUGCCUGAGGGGUCGGCAGUGGAUGCCUUCACUUGCGUUGGCUUCCUAUUGCCUGUGGUGACAGUUGUGCACCAGCAGAGAGCCCCUGAGCAGCAGGAACCUUGACGCCGGACCCUUCGUCGUCAACCGCUGCAUGACCGCCUUGGCCACAUCCGAGGCCACGAUCAGGGAAGCCGUCUGCCGCAGCGGUACGGCCAAUCCCUCAGCCGCACCGUCCCGCUGCCUCAGCGUGUGCGGCUCCUCAGCUUGCCGCAUCGUCAAAACUGUACAGGGUAAACUCGAGAAAAGUACCAGGGCCUCCGGCUUCCCAAAGAUCUCAACUGCCGCCAGGGCGUCACGUGCAUAAAGUGUGCUGUCCAUAUACAGCCUCGUCACCUGGACACGCGAGCAGCGGCGCAGGACGCCCUGCAGGUGCUGCAGGUGCUCCGGCCAGUCCUCAUCUAUAAUAGUCAGAUCACCAAGACACAGGCGGCCCAGCCCCCCCUGACAGGCCCGGCAGCUCGUCAGAAGCAGCCGAGUGACGAGGACAAGCCCAGUCGUUGCCAUAUCACUUACAGUGACACCCUUGCAGCUGCAGCCGCAAAACUUGACGUUGAUAUCUGCCUGUGCAUUUGGGUCGUCGUCAUCAAACUCCUCGUCUGGUUCCCUGAAUUCUAUGCGCAGAUCCAGCGCCUCCAAUGACGGUGGCAAGCAGGCCAGCAGCAGUGGCAGGACUCCUCUGGGGCCGUCCCCAGGGACGAGCUCAAGGUCCCCCUUCGUAAGGCAGCAGGACUUCAGGGUAAGGUGCCGGAGUCGCUGCAGCUUAGAGAUGCUGGCCAUGGCAUCAGAACUCAGGGCGUCGUACAGCAUGUUGGUGUCCAAAUUGACCUCCAAGCGCUGCAGGGAGCCCCCCAGUGCGCCCACACGCUCCAGGAGCAGCCGGAUGCCACCAGCAGCUUCUUUCAAGGCCGCGUCAGGGUUGCCGUGGGGCGAACUGUCGAUUUCCAAGUGCUCCAGGUGUCGCAGUUGCAAAAUGCCGCGUACAGCACCCUCCGUGAAGACAUGAGGGUCGGUAAAGACGUGGACUUUUAGGUGCUUGAGGGUUCCUGCUAGUUCGCCCACGUGCUCCAAGCCGCUGCUGUAAGGCACUGAGAGUUGUUCCAGGCAAGGCAACGUUGCCAAUGCAUCGUACAUUAGCCGCUGCUGGAUGGGGUCGUCGACCACUCGAGGCUCCCAGGACUCUUCAAGCGACUCUAAGCUGGGAAAGCCUACCAAGUUUACAGCACGAAGUGAUGGAAGAAGCGCUGCAAGCGACGAGACGAUGUGGCCCUGGGGUAUGUCGGUUUCAAGCUCGG